UAUACAUAAUCAUUCUAGAAAGCAUUAUUUAUACUGACCAACCUUUAGUCAGUCUAGUCCUUUGGCCAAAACCUUCUUGUUUUGUGUACAAAAGGCAACUCGUCAGUCUUAACAUCUCUCUGUAGUUAUUUGCAGUAUGGAUACAUUUGCCACAACAACUAUGGAUGAUGAGGAUGAAAAUUCUACAAUGAUUUAUUUGUCGCCGUGUAACCUGAAGGACAUAAUGAAUUUUAGCACAUAUUUGUUGCCCCCCUUCUACACUGUCAUAUUUACUAUCAGUUUGAUGGGAAAUGGACUGGUCCUAUUUGUCAUAUUUAAGUUUGAAAAGCUCAACACAGUCACCAAUAUAUUCCUCAUCAACUUGGUGGCUUCCAAUCUGAUUUUUACUGUUGGCCUUCCGUUUCAAGCAGUGUACCAUAGCUCCGAGUGGUCAUUUGGUCAAGUGGCAUGCAAGCUGAUGAAUGGCACCUACCACCUUGGCUUCUACAGUUCUGUCUUGUUCCUCACUCUCAUGACUUUUGACCGUUACCUGGCUGUGGUGCAUGCGGUUGGUGCAACAAAGUGGAGGCACAGCUGCUAUGCCUACAUUUCUGCCACUGCUGUCUGGAUUGUUUGUGGCUUCACUAGUUUGGAGACCUUCAUUAAUUAUGAUCUAGAAGGAGACAUUAUUCAGGGGAUGACCUGUACUUACAUGGGGAACCCACAACAUAAGAUAAUACGCACUUAUUCGCAGGUUUCACUUUUUUUCCUCUUUCCAUUAGCUGUUGUCUUAUAUUGCUACAUCCUGAUCGGCUUGAGAGUUCUUUCAACUCAGAUGAGGAGCAAACAAAGGCCUCUAAAGUUGAUUUUUGUCAUUGUGGUUCUGUUUUUCAUGUGCUGGACCCCAUACAAUGUCAUAGUAGUGAUGCAAGAAAAUGUUAACAAAGGCCCUUGUGAUUACAGCUUAGACUAUCUGCAGUAUGUCACUCACAACAUUGCUAAUUUAUACUUCUGUAUCAACCCUCUGUUCUACACUUUUGUGGGUAGAAAAUUCCAAAAUCAUGUACGCCGCUUUCUAGUGAAAGAGGUACCAUGCUUAAGGAAUCACCUGCAUGUCAGUGAAAGCAGCAGAUCAUAUUCUAGGUAAAUGAAGUAAAGAAAAAUAUCACUGUAGUGUUUCAGAAAUAUUCUGGCAAAAGGAACAAAUUAUUUGGAAGCAUUUAUUUUAAUGUAGUUUGUUAUAGCAACAACAUUAUUUCCUCAUCAAUGUACAAUAUUAAGUUUAUUGUUAGUCACUUAGAGUUCCUCCUUUUUAAACCUUUUUUACACACACACACACACACACACACACACACACACACACACACACACACACA